AUGACAGCUACUCGAGGAAAUAAAAGUAACGCUUGGUCUUCUCGAUUGGUGCAGUUGGCAAGAAAGCCAGUUGGAACUGUUUCUGUUGUGGUCGGUCUUCUCCUCGCUUUUCGCACAAACCAUGCAUAUGAUCGAUAUUAUGAGGGUCGAAAAUUGUUUGGUAGUAUGUGUAAUCAUGUUCGAAACGCCACCAGAGCAAUCUGGGUUGGUGUAAAAGAAAAAUCAAACCGUGAUCAUGAAGAAAAGGAGGACUGCAUUAAACUUUUGCUAGCAUUCGUUGUUGCUACUAAACACCAUCUUCGUUUAGAAUUCGGGACAAAGUGGUCUGAUUUGGAGGAAUUACUACCAAACGGUCUACAGCUUACCAAGUUUGAUGGUCAUGCCGUUCAAAACGUUAAUUACGAUACGUUUAAUCUUGCUAAUAAUGAUCCAGAAACAAUUUCGGCACCAAAAGAAGGAAAAAAAGAAGAAAAGAAAGAAGAAAAACAAAAUGAAACUACUAAUAUACUCAGGAAUCGUCGUGGCUUACCUUCUGUGCACAGCGCACUUCGUUCGCUCACAAACCGGGAUCGAGCUGCCAUGUAUUUCGAUGGUAAUCCAGAAAGUAACGAUGUCGAUGCAAGCAUGAGUCUUCCAUUGGAAAUUAUAUUCCAUCUAGGAAUAUAUCUCGAUCGAAUGUUGCAUGAAAAUAAAAUUGAUAGUAAUGAUCUUUCCCCCAUCGCCGGGAUUUUGAAUUCGCUAAUUGAAAUUCUUGGUAGCCUUGAGAGAAUUGGAAACACUCCAAUUCCUCUUUCUUAUAAAAUUCAUUUAAAACAAGCCGUGACGUUGUAUGUCUGGGUUCUUCCAUUUACGCUUGUUGAUAAUCUCGGUUGGAUUACUAUUCCCGCCAUGGCAGUAAUUUCUUUUAUUCUUUUUGGUGUUGAAGCGAUUGGUUCUGAAAUUGAGAAUCCAUUUGGUUAUGACAACAAUGACUUACCAUUGGACGAUUACUGCAAGGAUUUGGAAGCUGAAGUCAAAUAUUUGUAUCGUCAUAUGCCUGCAAUCGCUUCAAAAUAA